CACUACCAGAAUGCUGCUGUUCACGCUCAGUCCUCUGAACAUCCAACCAUUCUUACGACGCCUCCUCAAGAACAAAAGUCGACUACGAAACCAAAGUCGACGAUGAAACCAAAGUCAACCAAGAAACCAAAGUCGGCCAUAAAACCGAAGUCAAACAAAAAAUGGACGAUGUAUCCUUCACUUCACAAUGAAGUGUCCGACCUCCUUUACGUAGACAAUCUUUCCUUCAGCUUCUACGAGAAGGACGACGCCAACAGCUGCAUAAACGAAUAUGAUACGAAUGUCAUGGGCCGGUUUACUUGCAGCAAUACAGCAUGCCUGGCUGUUUGGACAAGCAAACAGAUCGCCAUCACUAUACGGAGAUAUCUCGACGGAGGAUACAAUGCAAGAGUCUACUACCAAUCCUGCAAACGCUGCAGCACGACGAGUGAACCAAAACUAGAUGAUUCAUACGCAGAAAGAGUGGCAUAUCGUCUCAAGAAGUGGUCUGGCAUCCAGAUGGAACUCCCUCCCUUCUCAGGGCUGAGUAAUGGUCCACAUAGAAGUGAUCUAUGUGAAGGGUGUAAACAGGGUCAUUUCGCGCCGGCUCAUCUAAGGGGGCACAAUUGCACAGUAUAG